ACGGAGCUGCCUGUCUGUGUUUCUCUAACCGCGUGGCUGCUAUUGUCACCUGCGCGGCGAGCACCAGGGAGGCUGGGUUUGUUACCUGAGCCAUAAGGGACGAGCAGUUCUGCCCUUCUCUGUGUUUGCUGGGUUUGCUGGUACUUGUUCUCAGCCACUGCUCAUGUAAUGCACUCCCUUAACCAGGAAAUUAAAGCCUUCUCCCGGAAUAAUCUCAGGAAGCAAUGCACCAGGGUGACGACGCUAACUGGAAAGAAAAUUAUAGAAACAUGGAAAGAUGCCAGAAUUCAUGUUGUGGAAGAAGUAGAGCCGAGCAGUGGGGGUGGUUGUGGUUAUGUACAGGACCUUAGCUCGGACCUGCAAGUCGGUGUUAUUAAGCCAUGGUUGCUUCUCGGAUCACAAGAUGCUGCUCAUGAUCUGGAUACACUGAAAAAGCACAAGGUGACUCAUAUUCUCAAUGUUGCAUGUGGAGUUGAAAAUGCUUUCCGGAAUGACUUUACAUAUAAGAGCGUUUCUAUAUUGGAUCUGCCUGAAACCAAUAUCCUGUCUUAUUUCCCAGAAUGUUUUGAAUUUAUUGAACAAGCAAGAAUGAAGGAUGGAGUGGUUCUUGUUCACUGUAAUGCAGGAGUUUCUAGGGCUGCUGCCAUUGUAAUAGGCUUCUUGAUGAAUUCUGAAGAAACCUCCUUUACCAGUGCAUAUUCUUUGGUAAAAAACGCAAGGCCUUCUAUUUGUCCAAAUUCUGGCUUCAUGGAGCAGCUUCGGACAUAUCAAGAGAGUAAAGAAAGUAUCAGGACUGACAACAUACAAGAAUUACAAAGAGACAACAAUUCAUGAGUUGCAUUCUAGCAGAUGAUGGACAAUCGUGAUUUCUGAAUUGGCUCUAUAGCCAAUUGUUUCUCUUUCUUUGGAGAGCAGACUCAUAAAACUUUUUUUUUUUUUGACUGUUUUCAAGUAGAAACAGAGGUCAAUUUGAUUGUCCUAAGCUAGUCUAUAAAUAAGUUUUAAAAUCAUAUUUCUCUUUUUUACUAUAUUGUGUGAUUAAAAUGCUUCUUUGAAUUGCUGAGGAAAAAUAAUGGUAUAUUAGCAGUCAUUGAUUUCUGUACUAGAUAGUCUUAAAUUUAAAAUUUAUU